CAUAACAAGUCAGGCAGGCAGUCAGUUGCCUCGAGCAAACUGGUGUGAGUGGUUUAACGGUCCGUCGUCUCUUGGAGUUUAUUUACAUAUUACGGCGUCAGUUUGAUUUAACAGUGCUUCGUUUGUCGUUGGAAAGUUGCAGAAGUCGAGCAGCAAGAUGAAUAAGCGGUGUGCAAGGUGUGAGAAGACCGUCUACCCGCUGGAGGAACUGAAAUGCCUUGACAAGAUAUGGCACAAGGGUUGUUUCAAGUGCCAGGAAUGUGCUAUGACCCUUAGUAUGAAAACCUACAAGGGCUACAACAAGCUCCCCUACUGUGAAGCGCACAUCCCCAAGGCAAAAGCUACCACGGUGGCUGAGACUCCUGAGAUGAGGCGACUGGCGGAAAACACGAAAAUCCAAUCGAAUGUACAAUACCAUGCUGAUUUCGAGAAGAACAAGGCGAAAUUUACCCAAGUGGCAGACGACCCUGAAACUCAACGGCUGAAAAAGAAUACCCAGAUUAUCAGUAAUGUUGCCUACCAUGGAGAGUUGGCCAAGAAAGAGGAAAUGGAACGGAAGAGAUUAGAACCAGGAGACAAUGAUGAAGAGCGCCACCCCUGUCAUAGGGCACAUGGAGAAGAUUUAGUUCCAGCCAAUGCUUCUGUCCACCCAACCAAACUCCCCCAUUUACAGAGAGAGGACAAUGGUUUAGGUUAUGACUCACGAAAGGUGAUUCACAGUGACUCCUCCAUCCGCUCCCACCCCCCACCUCCAUCUUUUACUCAUUCUCACCAGGUAUCACAGGCUCAGGCUCCACCCGCCAAACACCGCCGCCAGUACACCCCACCUGUACAAGAACCCCUUAAUUCUAUGACUCAUUAUAUUCCAGAGACCCAAGGCUAUUUUUCUCGCGAUUUGAAUUACCAUCCUCCCUAUUCUAGGUUUAACGAAAAUCCUAAUCCUCCUCCCGAUUACAAUACCCCUUCAGGUCUCCAAAUCCACAAUGCCAACACCCAUUUUGCUCCAGAAUAUAUCGAGCAGAGCGGUCAUUACCCUCCCAAUCCAGCGGGUGGACAGAAUGCUCUCAAUAAUCGGUAUUCAGGAAAACCGACAAAUGGUUCAAGUGGGUCUUAUUAUAGCACUAACAAGCACGGUGCUGCUUCUUCACAAUCCAAUUAUCCAAUUAACAGCCACUAUGCAACUGGAGCCCCACACCGAGAGGAAAGUAAACGGCAGCAGGAACAGCAGCUGCAGCAUCAGAUGCAACAACAGCAGCAACAGCACCAGCAGUUGCAGAAACAUCAUAUGCAGCUUCAACAGCAGCAGCAGCAGCAACAGCAGCAGCAGCAGCAGCAGCAGCAGCAACAACAGCAACAGCAGCAACAGCAGCAGCAGCAGCAGCAGCCACACCACCAACAAUACUCUGGGCCUCCCCCAUCCUCCCAACACCGUCACCCUCCCCCUCCCCAAUCUUCUACUACAUCCUUCCUCCAUCACCAGCAUCACCAACAACAGCCUCAACCUUAUCAUCACCAGCAACAGCAAAGACCAAAGCAAAAUCCACAAAGUUACCACCAUCACCCACCACAGAACUUGCACCAUGAUACCAAUCAUAACUCUCCCUAUUCAGCCCGCACUUCGCAAACGCUUAUCUACUCAAGUCAGACAGGACCAGAUUUAUAUGGACAUGGUAUGGUAUUUCUGUGCCUAUUUUAAUUUGAAUUUAAGUUUCAAUAGUUUAGUAAUGAGUGGAGAACAAUUACUGCUUUCAGACUCUAAACCAGAGCACAAACACAUUUUUCAAACCUGUACAUGUGUGAUUUGGCACAUUUUUAUCUUGACAAGACCAAUUCUCUUUUUAAACUUGAAUUCUGCUGACCCUGAAAUUACCUUGUGUUUCGAAUAGUUGAAUGAAGUUUCUAGUUGCUGUAGUCUUAAUUGUAAGAUGUAGACUGUUAUUUUUGUGAAGGAUUGAAAAACAAACUAUUUUUCAAUUAAUUUUUUCAUACAUAUACCUCUCUAUUCUGUUUCCUGCUUCCCUCUGCCUGGCCUUUAAGGUUUUAAUCUCUUCAGUUUUCCUUUGUAUCUCUUCAUUUUCUACUGGGAUUGUUUCAUGUCUGUUUUCUACAGAGAUUGACUGCACCCCCUGCCAUUUUAUAUUGAUUAUUGUCUAAUAUAUUUUGGAAUCCUUUUAAGUAUCAAAUUAGUUUAAAGGACUCCUUUUUUUUUCUUAACCAGAAAAUGGCUUCACAGUGCUGAAGAUUUUUUUAUGAGAAGGGCAAAAAUCCUUUCUUGUUAUUAUAACUUUUACGUAAGGGAAAUUUCUUUAUAAACAUUACCUGGUGUUAUGAGAACUGGUCAGUAGGAUAAGUUUAGAAAUUUCAAUUGGUGCUUCCAUGUUCUGCACUUUUAUCUUCUAAAAGACACACUACUGUCCUCAUUUAUCUUCUAUAAGACACACUACUGUCCUCAUUCUUUACAAGACAGCCUAACUUUACCUGAGGCAUGUUCUCAACUGAAAGUAGCUUGUAUAUAUCUUUGAGUUUUGAUUAGUAGAUAGUGAGAUAUAUUAUGGCACAAGGCAAAAAUCUUCUGUAGACAUAUGCUGGCCUAGAUUUCUGGAUUAUUGGAAUAGUGCAAGGGUACGUAUACAGUUUAUCUUGCUUGCUUGCUUUACCAUAGUGUGAUGAUGGUUGGGCCUAGGCUGCCAUAUUUAGUCACUGCAAGUGAUGCUUGUCUUUGAUUUUAGUGUAUAUAUUAUGCUGCAUAUUUUAUAAAAUUACCUUGUACAGUGAAGAAGUUUCGAGUUUUCAAAGAUGACACCUUUGGACUCAAAUUGUUUGGCAGGGUAAGCCUUAUUUUAGUAUAUUUAGAGUAAGGUAUUGUUGGAAGGGGCACAAUGUGGAACGUAGGCAAAAACUUUUAUAUUGUUUUGAGUGUGGUUAGAUCUGUUCACUGUACAGUAUAGUUUUAAGUUACUGUAGUUUUAAGCCAUGGUCAGCCAAAUGUUAUUGGUGAGGUUUUUCUUAUAGUAUUGUUUAUGUUCUGUUUCUCUUUGGAUACACAUUAUUUAAUACCAGGGGUUGUAGUAAUUAAUUGUAUUUAAUGUAAAUAUUUUCAGUCUCCCUAAUUAGUUUUUUUUUUCUUUUCUUUGCUGUUACUUUGGCCUGGACUGAUGUUUACAGACUGAAGUAACAGCAAGGAAAUACAAAUUUGAAAGAUUGAGAAGGCUUAACUUAUUUAGUAGUAAUUUUCAAGUCGUUUAAAAAAAGGUUCUUUUUUUCCAAUCUAUUUCAAAUGAAGUGUUUUCCUCUACGAAAGCAACAAUGGAGCAAAUGGUUGUGACAUCAACUUAGUUUUGGAGUGCAGUAUUAGGGGUAUUUAGUACCCAUGCUUAUGAAGACUCCACCAUCAAUAAAGCUUGUCAUAUGUUCUAGGGCCAGCGAGCCAAUACCGUAUAUUAUAAUUAUAGGUCAGAAAAUCUUCAUAUUCAAGGUUAGUGUUUUUGAAAUCCUAUACAAAGUGAAAUUUGAUGCAAAACUAGGAAUUCCUUUCUCAUUUCAGUUUUAGUGAAUCAAUAUUACGUAAUAAUGUCUGCAGAGGGUUCAGUUUAGUUUUUUCCAAUUUAUUUUGAAAGGCCAUCAAAAAUUGUUAGGAAAAAAAAUCUUGGCCUUUAAAUAAUUGCACAAAAGUGACAAUUUUCAUAGAAAAUUAUGAGAUGAAGCUCCAGAUGCUGUAAUUUUGUAUCGCAUAUGGUUUUUGGUUAUAUAUGUUUGCAUUUUUAUGCAUCACAGGUUUGAAACUUGGAGGAUAUUGGUAAUUGUCUCCAUAGAUUUUAAUUACUGGAUAAUGCCUCCAGAAUUAUGACAGUCCUUUUUUUCUUCUGUUUCAAUUUGGGAACUUUAUUUAUAAAAUUAUUUUCAUAAUUAUAAAAUUGUUGAUAUACUGAAUAUUAUGAGCUAUGGAAAUUCAAGUAAACUGUAUUGAAGUAUAGUUGAAUAUUAUGAAAAAUUAUAAAAAUAAUGGGCUCUACAUCUUGAUUGAUAUAGAUAAAAAUAAGGCACUAACCAUUAAUAUUUAGUGCAGGAAAAAGCUCAUAUUACAAGGUGAACUAAUUAUACAUGUAUUAAAUUAUAUAAAUCUUAUUAUUUAGUAAUGACAGUUAUCAAAAUGACCUUUAAUGUACAUAAUUACUGUCAUCCCUAAUAUGAAAUAUGAUUUUGAUGUUGGUGAAAAAGAUACUGAAGUGGCCAUAUUUAGCAACACUUUCUCCCUGUCUCGGCAUCUUUUCACCUUUUUCAAAUUCCUUUUCAGUUUCUUAUUUUUGUGCUUAAAUACUAUUUGAAAAUUAUGAAGCCCCAGUUUCCAGGGAUUUUCAAAAGAAAAUUUUAAUCAUUCCUACUUGAAUAGAAUAGAAUAAAAAUUUAGGCCAAAGACCAAGUACUGGGAUCUGUGAGAUCAUGCAGCACUAAUUCAUACAUGAUGAAAGGAUGUAUUUAGCAUUUUGGAACUUAAUUCAACAAGGUUACAAUGAAAUAAUAUGUGCACCUGGACUUUCAGCACUACAGUUGAAGUAAGGUUUUCCUUAUUACUUUAGAAUUGCUGAAACUAAAUACAGCUCAAAGGUACUGCAAAGAUACUUAGUGUAUGAUAGUACUGUACUGUAUAUGUAAUGAACUUAUAUGUAGCCUGGGGAGCAUAACCUUUUCCUUUUUCAUUUCCUCCAGAAUGACUUAUACUUAAACUGAAGUUCAGUGACUCUGAUAAGGUUCAUUUUUCCCCCUCAGUCUUUCAUCUUUAUUAGUUACAUUUGUGGAAUCAAUCGUACAGGUUUGAUUUCCACAAUCAGUAUCGACCAAUUAUUUUUCAUGUUCAAAUAGAAUCUCUCACUUUCUGAUAUACUAUGAAGCCUACAGAUUUUGCUGCUUAGGUUACUCAUGUGCAUAUUUUCUCAAUUCUU